AGGUCCAGUAAGGGUCAUCCCUUAAUAGAGAGUUUAAGCUUCGCGCUAUACGCUAUACGUCAAACGCCACGCAAAGAAAAAUAUUACGGUAUGACGCAAUAAAGAGUAAAUGAACUUGCUGCAGUACAUGUACAAAACUGAAAUACAUCAUUACUCUUUCGACGCAAGAAAGAAAAUAUGAAACGAAAACGUUCAACAAAAAUUUUGCCAAGAAAGUUCGAACCUCAUGUCGUUCCCGGAAACGUGAAUUACUGGAGGAAACCUAACUAAACUAACUUUAUUUACACAGGAUGGCUCUAUUAGUUUUAAACUGUUCUUCUUGGAGAUCCGGUACGGCUAAGGAUCAUGUCUUAUUAAUCCAGUGUUACUACUAAACUAAACUAAUUUUAAGGAUGAGUAGCAUGCACACCCGCUCACUUAGGAAGACUGGAUGAUUCAUUUAAUAAAACUUUUAUCGCAGUUUUGAUAAACAAUCAAAAUGAUAUUUGAAAGUUGACUUAGUUUAGUUUGAUUCAAGUAGCAGUACAAAGUUCACAGUUCAAACAAUCUUUUACAGUCGGGAAAAAACUCGUGACAUGAUUCAUCCGGCAUGAACAACCCCUAAUACUACAAAUACCCUGAAAAGUAUAAACUUAGUCAAGUACUACUGCUUUGACGCAAAUACAUACGCACUCAGUAAUCAAUAUGCGAAUUUAUAAGAAUAACUUUAUCGCGUAGAUUGACAUUUUAAUGAGCCAUUCAGAGCAUAUGUUUAAAGUCACUUGGCGGCAACAAAAUUUUUUAUGUCUGACUUUGCUAUUAUUACCUUGGCUAAUGCAUUCUUGCAUCACGACAUGUGUGCCGAACGACGCGCUCUGCUGCGUCUAGUGUUUCUUUUUAAAAACGAUUGUCGUCGCUUGCAUCUGACGCGGACAGUUGGGCGUUUUUUGUAGGCAAAAAUGUCGUCAGGAAGUAAUUGCUCACUUCUUUAUAAACUGACGAAUCCUAAUCUUGUUGGGGCAGUUCAGACACAAAGUACGACAGCUUAUCUCGCACGGCUUAUCUUGUGCCAUAUAUUACAUACAUAAUUCGCAACAAUUAUCCAAAUCGCACUAAAAGGUUUUUUUUUUACGAGGGAUACAAAGAUUGCGAGAGCAAUUUCAGAAAUUUUGUAUCACUUAAAUGUGUCUUCGUCUGCCAAAUUUCGGCUAUAAUCCAUUCCACAGGCCGACAGACGUGUGGUUUUUGGUGUGAGAUGGCUUAAAAUUGGCAAUAACAAGCUAGCAUGCGGCGAAUUUUGGAUACUCUCAAACAUCGCUAGCAGGUAGCAUGUUUAAGACCUGCUAAGAAGCAAUACCGCUUGUAUGUGCGCACAUUUGACACAGCAUUUUCAAUGACGUACUCGCUUUUUCCCCAUGUAGAAAUAUAGCCAAACGAAGCCCAUUUCUCGAUGGAUGUUUGCUCGAGAAAACCUAAUAUUAAACUUGAUCGAUUUUCUAUCAGCCAGGCAACAGAAACCGAGAAUUCCUUGGCAAGGGUUUUGAAAUUCCUCAGUUUUCCAAAAAUUCCGUACGUUACGUUUCUGUAAUUUUUGCUUAAUUAAAGUGACACUGACCCCAAAUCUAAUUUUGGCAUGGGAUAUCAUUAUAGUAGUACAUCUUUUCCGACAUGUGAGAAGAAGCUCUAACACUUUUUUCUUAGAUAGAAAUAGUUCAUCAGUGGCUCUCUUUUGUCCCAAAAUUACUGGUGAAUAACUAAUGUCGUCAUACCAAUGUGGUGUCAUUAUUUUGCGUAUAAAAGUUCCAAAACUCGUUAUGGGAAGGGUUCGAGUCUUCGAGAAGCUAUAUCUUUCGAGCUAUACACAUGCUAAGACGUUUACUUGAUAGUUAAGCCAGUUCGAUAUGUGAAUAAUUUGACAGAUGAAAGAAAUCUCAUCUCGUUAUAAAUAUGCAAGAUUUUUUAAAACAGUAGCUGUAGUUAUAGCGAACUACAUUUUGCCUAAAAGUAGCCAAGUAGUUGACUACUUUUCAACUGACAGCGAAUCGCUAUUCGCUACUUUUUAAAAUUGUUAGCAACUUGAUAGAAUAGCAUGUUAUUGAGACACGGUUUGCUUAAAGUUAAAAUCAAUACUCAAUAGUCAAUUUGCAUUCUUUGUUUACUGUUGCUACUCGUAAGUCGAUUUGUUAUAGGUUACAUUUCAGCCUGAGUUAGUAGAUGCUCCAAAUACAGUAAAACUAAAAAAUAUAGCGUAGCGAAAUAGCGAAAUACAUUUUUUAAGCAGUAGCUGUAGUCAGUAGCGAACUACUUUUGUUCAAAAGUAGAUGCAGAAGUUGUAGCUGACUACAUAUUUUUGAAGUAGCUGUAGUUAUAGCGAACUACAAAAAUUUGGUAGCCAACCCACCCUUGCAAAUACAACUCACCAACUUAGGAGUUAGAGUUGUGUACUUGAUUUACACAGUACACUCGAGUUUAUAAACAGUGAAAUACAUGGCAUCAAAUUACUUUCUUGUAACUUUGAAAAUGAACAAGAUUAAAACUCGAAAAAUUGUACAUUUUACAAGAGAAUCGUAUUCCAAUAAAAUGUCCGUUAUGCAUAUGUCGCUGAGCUUCAUUUACUGUAUGCGAAAUUCCUGUUUUUAAGGAUCAAUCUUUCAAAGUUAGAUUCCUGCCGGCAGCUGUCGCUUUAUAUUGAAACGACUCCGUAAUAAGACAAAGCAAAUGACAUGUCGGUUGUUAAUUGCUUGCUGGCCUAUCGCGAUGCGUUUAGCCAAUGAGAGCACAGCACUCGGCUAGCAUCCCUGCUGGCAUGAUUCGCAUAACAAAGACACACUUGACUUUCGAAGAGCGAGAGGGCCACUAGAACUUCUCGGGUUACUAAGAACACUGUAUUUUCCCGCUCGCGGCGAACUUUUGAAUAUAAGGAAUGAUGGUCAAUGAUAUUAGGUGAUGGUCAGGCGGUGUAUCUCGGAAAACGGCACGAGGACGGUGCUUUUAAUAAUAUGCUCGAUUAGUUAUCUCCUAGUCGGAGCUGCUGUGUUCAGCGCUCUGGAGUAUGAAGACGAUCAGAAGAGGCGACUUCAAAUUCAAAGGCUUUUCAAACGUUUUCAAGCGAAAUAUAAUAUAACCAAACAGGAUUUUGCUGAAUGGGCCGAAGUACAACGGUAUCAGCGCGGUAUGGAUUCGACGGUCGAACAGUGGAGUUUUGCCGGCUCUGUGUAUUUCGCUACGACAGUUAUAACCACAAUAGGUAUGUCAAUGUAGCCAAAUAAUUAUGCAUACACGUCUCUGUACAGCGAAAGUAAUACGAUAAGUAAAUGGCAGCUUCUUGACAAACUAAUAACGGAUAAAAAUAAAUAGAAGUUUGUUUGCCUGGCGAGCGAAUCGCGUAAGUUUCCCGACAUUUUCUGCCUGACAGCUUUCAAUGUUGCGAACAUGAAUUUCUGAGUGUAAUUAUAUCCAUAGAAAUUCUGUGUUUGAAUAAAUUAGACCAUAUAGGCUCAGUACAAAAAGAUUAUUUUAAUAACUACGUUUCGGAGUAUAACUCCAUCUUCAGGUUAAAAAGUAACUGACAAAACAACGUAUGCCUUAAUCCCCUCUUGUAAGACGAGUGCAAUAUACUUUAUAAUACUUAAGUCUUAACUUAAUAAUGCGUUGUAUGUCACGAUUUUAAGACAGAACUCGUAAAGCAUUCAGUAUCUCAGAGGCCCGAAUUUUUAACAGGCCAUUUGUGUUACACUGCACUUUAAUAGUAGCAUUUAAUAUGUACUGCCAUUAAUACGGUCAAAAUGCUCAGAAGGAUAAAACAUACAUAUAAUAGUUGGGGGGUUUUCACCGGCUUGUCACAGCUUUCGAUAUUACGGUGUUGCACUAAAGGUUGCAGUUGAAUAAUACAAUGACCUCGUUUCCCUAGCGCUUGAAAAAUGCUUAAACGAUUAAUACAGCGAUAAACAUAAAAAUAUUGUCCAGUAUUGCAUUGCGUAGGUUGUAUAAAGGUGUAAAUAGCGCGUUGAUAAUGCAAGGGUAACUGAGCGAAUAAUAAUUAAAAUGUUUAAGACUUAAGUAAAGAAACUUCAUCCCAGUCAAAUAAACAUGCCUUCGGUGUAUUGUUUGACGUUUUUAUGUUAAGUACCGCACUUCAAAAAAACCGGAGUUUCUCGAGAGGUUUUUCAACAUUCAAUGACAAUGUAUUUUUCGUAAGUUACUGAUUGUUUUUUGGUCGCGCUUGUGCGAAUCGAUAUUGCGACAGUUCGUAUCCUAUGGCUAUGGAACCGAGAAGCUACUUAUAAAAAUACUUUUUGUACAUAUUUGUUUUAACGGCAUUGUCUGUGAACAUUCUUCAUGCUCUAAAGCGAUUAAUGCUUGUUUUAAAAGCAUAAAACAUGCAUGUUGUUGGUUUUUAAAUUUUAGCAAGGGCUUAUAUUAAUGUGCGUGUAUAUGCAACGUUUUCGUUCGAAAUUCAAAAGUGUUUUUUUUUCUGUAUUGCUGUUCGCUUGCGACACAUUAUCACAUAUUCUAUGAAAGUGUACAUUUCUCGGGUUCAGUUUUUUCUUGCUUUUUAUAACUAACGGUUUUUCAUGACGUUCAAAACCUUGAAUUGUCUAAAACUAUAUUAAUAUAACAAAUUCUGAUGCGCGCUAUUUGUUUUACUUUUUUUAAAUAUUUGAGGCAGGAUACAGAUUCGAAAAUGAUCGAUUGCUCCGUGAAAUUGCAGCGACGUUAUAUAUCAUGGGAAAUUUGAAAAUGCGUAUUGCAUUAUACGCGUCGUCAUGCAAGCGUCGCAUCACGCCCCCUUGAAAAUCUGCUAUUAUACCUAAAGUUACUGCGCCAAAGCGCGAUCUGGGGAAAUAUUACGAAGCGUCGCGAGCUCUCCUUGUAUUUUUCAAGUAUUUCUGAAUAUGUUAAACCAACUUCUAACAUUGCCUGGCUUUGGUCAUAUAUUUUUGAAUGACAACUGCUCCAUGACAAAAUGUCUUAACUGAUAUAGAUGACACGGCGAUUUGGAAGUGAUAUCUUACACAAUAUCUCACUGAAAACUAAAAAAAAAAUUGUUUGGUUCAGAACUUUAACUAGUGACAUCUGACGUCUGAAAUAACAAAGAUCCCCAUACGUUGACAUCGUUUUUUACGCGCCUCGCGAUACUAUCGUUUGUCGAAUUGUCAGUCCCGCGAUUUGUCAUUCUGGCAUGUGGGAAUUAAUUUUUUAUACUCUAUUUCACGUAUGCCAAAACCCGCAUGUGCAGAACGAUCGUUUUGAGCUAUGCAGUAUAAAUGCCUGUCAAGUGUCAACUGUUAGCUAUACAUAAGUAAGAGGUACCAACAUUUAGCCACGUUUAUUACAUAUGGAUAGAGCUUACAGAUUUAACUACCUUUAAAAAUACAAGUAAAAUUUAUAGUAGUAUAUUUAAUAUAUAUAUAUAUAGAACUUAACCCAUUACUCCAUUAGCUGAAAUAUGUCCAAAUGCAUCUACACCAUAUUUUUUAUGCUAACUAACGUCAAUCGAUUUUACUCAUCAAUGGGGGGUCUUGGCGUUUUAAUGCAGGGUUAACCAAACGAUGUGCAAACGUGCGUUGUUAACCCAUUAAGCUGCAAUUUCGCUCAAAAGCGCCCUACUUUAUUACUUAUCAAUGUCUGACGCCUCAAACGUUAGACAGAGGGGAGAGUCUUUGCGCGUCAUGGGAUUUAAUUACGAACUAAACUAACUUUAUGCAUUCUGGAUAGUUCUAUCAGGUCUCAACUGUUCUCCUUAUAUUCUUUGUUUACAAUCACGUGACUUUUCAUCCAAAUGACGGGCAAUCAAACAACUUGUGGACGUUUUUUCUUCUAUCAGAAUGGUUGUAGCAAGAAAAACUGAACGGUAACUCAUCGUUUGAGUCUUAAACAGUCUCUAACUCGAUGAAUACAUUAUAAUAGCCGUUUUCUGUUCCACCUGCCCGUCAACUGAAAUCCCAAAAUUACGUCAUUGCAAACAAGGAAUUAGAAAUCAAAUGAGGACCAUGCCUGGUUGAUCCAGUGUUACUACAGGAGGAAACCUAAACUGAACUGACUUUAUUUAUACUGGAUAGUUUUAUCACUAGACUGUUCUCCCUAUACAGGUCAAGUAUAGGAAUCAUCUCUUGUUGAUUCAGUGUUACUACGGGAGGAAUCCUAACCUAAACUAACUUUAUGCAUUCUGGAUAGCUCUAUCAGUUCUAAACUGUUCUCCCUAGAGAUCCAGUAGGGAUAAUCUCUUGUUGAUCCAGUGUUAUACUGCAGGAGUAAACCUCAACUAAACUGACUGUAUUUAUUUACACUUGGUCAUUCAAUUGGUUCUAAACUGUCCUCUCUUUGAGGUCCAGUAAGGGCCAUCACUUUUUGGGCAGUCCUUGCUCUUGGUAGCUACAAUGUCAUUAACAAUUUCACAGAAAUACGAUUUUUAUUUGCGAGUCUCUGACGACCGAAGAACUGUGUAAGCUAUAAGUUGUUACGGUCAGCGGUUUCAUUGAUGCAUUGCGUGACAUAUGUGCGCAAAAUAUUCAUAAAUUUUGCUAGUGACUUUGUACUUUUUGCUAUUAACAGUGAAACCUACUAGCACAUGCGUUUCCUAUAGCUACACACAUGAAAACGUGUAAAUUGUUACAGGUCUGCAAACAAGUUGUUACAAAUCUGUAACCGGCAAGCUGUCGACAAGUUGUGUUCACCUUGCUUGUUCCUAGUUGUUGUAACAAGUUUAGAACAAGCUGUUGACAACUUGUAACAAGCUUGAUGGCAUUGUCAGACUUGUUACAAGGUUAUUCAGACAAGUCUGAUGCAGUCAUGAUAUAACAAGGUUGUAACAAUCUUGUUAUAUCAUGACUGUAUUGGACUUGUGGAACAACCUUGCAACAAAUCUGAUAAUAUCAACAAGGUUGUUACAAGUUCUUAACAGCUUGUUCCAAACUCGUUGACAACUUGGGACAAGCAGUGCGAACACAACUUGUUGACGGCUUAUUGGCAGACUUGCUAAAAGAUAUGAGAUUUUUGCGUGUGUGUAGACCAUUGUCCCGCUUCCACUAAAAUAUUUUGUUCCUCAUAGGCUAUGGACAUACAGUACCUCGAACUAACAGAGGCAAGAUGUUUUGUAUAUUAUAUGCUACAAUUGGAAUACCACUGGCAAUCACAGCUUUACAAUCAAUCGGAGAACGUUUUAACGCACUGGUACGAUACAGUUAUCGAAUCUUCAUGCGUCGACUGGGCAAGAAACGCGAAAUCAGUACAAACAGUAUGGCUGCAGUGGGCCUAGUUGGUUUAGCUAUAACAGUAUGCUUCGGUGCGGCAAUAUUUAGCUACUACGAGCACUGGAACUAUUUUGAGUCGUUGUACUACUGCUUCGUUACUCUAACGACGAUAGGUUUUGGUGACAUGGUCGCGCUUCAAGACAGCGUCGAAGAGAGAUUCGGAACAUUUUACAUAAGUCUUUCGAUGAUUUUUAUAUUUAUUGGUCUCACUAUUGCUUCGUCGUUUUUGAACCUACUGGUUUUACGGAUGAUGGAGAUACGAAACAAAACGUCAAAGCCGAAAGAACGUUUGCUACCAGGCGCACCGGAAAAUUGUGAAAAUUGUCAGACGGAGUCUUUGAACGAUACCACACAAGUGACCGAUGUGGAUUAUGUCUCGGACUUGCUUCGGCAUUUUGAAGACGAAAUUACGUUUACAACAUACAGGACUAUGUAUAGUCGGAAACGCGCGUCUAUUUGA